CUUCACAAGAGUAGACGUACAUUUAACGUGUUUAUUGCUCACUUAUCUUAUCUCGGCGUUUAGUGACCAAAUAAAACGAGUUCAGGGCUGUCUUCAGUUGUCCGUGUUGUUUCAAUUGAGUUCUUAAAAUGAAGUUCUCAACGAAUUUUGAAUUUUGGUACCAAAUAAAAGCAAUGACAAUAAGAAAUAUGCUCAUUAAACGGAGGGAAAUCAAAAAAACAUUAUCUGAAAUCGCUAUUCCAGUGUACACAUUAGGACUUUUAGUUGCGAUAAAAUUAUUGAUACCUAAUCCUCAUUUUCCACCAGUAACGGUACCUCAAGAAUCUCCUGAUAUGUAUAAUUAUUUAUACGGAAAUAUAACUGUAGCCCCGUCGACAAAACAUGUACAGAUUUUUUUAGAAAAAAUGAAUGAAAUUUGGAUGCAGCGAGACGGAGAAAAAAUUAAUUUUAGUGUUUAUCAAAACAAAGAUGAUAUAUCUGAAAUACAAAGAAAUAAUCCGGAAAUGGUUUACAUAGCCUUAUUAUUCGAUGAUGAUCCUAUUCAAAAUCAUUCGUUAAGUUAUAAGAUUCGUACUAAUCCGUUUUACGAUUCAUCACCAUUACCAUCUAAACUUUAUGGAUCAAGCCAUCAAUGUCGAAAAGUAUCUGCUAAUAAAUUAACGAAAAAGUUUCUCCAUCGGCAUCACCAUAAUAACAAUCUACAUAAUGAAGAAAUAUUAUGUCCAGCAAUUCAUUACAUAUACUCUGGAUUUAUAGCCCUUCAGACUCUAGUUGAUAUCACCAAGAUUUCUCUGGUUACUAAUUCGUCUAUAACAUUACCAGAUUAUAGUUUUGUUCUUUUUCCUAAACCAGCUUAUACAGCAAAUUGGUUAAUGGUAUUUCAUAUGGUUAUACCUCUUUAUGUAGUGAUUGCUUUAUCGCAAUUUAUUACAUAUCUUUUAGUACAGUUAGUUGGCGAGAAAGAAAGGAAGAUAAAAGAAGGAAUGAAAAUAAUGGGUCUUAGAGAAUUGGUAUUUUGGUGUUCAUGGUUCAACAUCUACGCAGCUUAUGUAGUAGUACUUUCAUUAGCCAGUACUAUAAUAUUAUACUUACUAGGAGUUUUCAAUAACACUAACUGGAUUUUAAUAUUUUUAUUAGUAUUUUUGUACUCGAUUACAGUGAUUUUCUUCAGUUUUAUGAUUUCUCCAUUCUUCGACAAAUCACGAACAGCUGGAAUUCUAGGAAAUUUUGUACUGAAUUUGAUAAGCCUUUUGUAUUUUUUGCAUAAUUUUAUUGACCCGUCAAGUAAAAAACUAAUGUGGUUAAUAUCCUUAUUAAGUCCAUCGGGUUUUGCAUUAGCUAUUGAUAAAGCUAUGGAAAUGGACUUGGCGGGUGAAGGCCUUCAUUUUAGUAAUAUUUGGGAUGGUCCAGGAAUGUCGUUUGGCGAAAGUUUAGUAAUCAUGGCAUUUGAUGCACUUAUCUACGUGAUUCUAGCUUAUUAUUUUGACAUGAUUUUGUCAAGUCAAUAUGAACGAAAUCGUUCUCCUUGGGUUUGUUUUAAUACUUCAUAUUGGUGUACUAAGGUUCCAGAAUCAAUAGAAUUUGAUGAAAUUGAUAGAUAUACCGUCUCAAAUCCUGACUUAGAACCUGUACCAGAGUCCAUGAAAGAACUUAAAGCAAUUCAAAUAACAAAUCUCUGCAAGUCUUUCAAAGGAUCAACAAAAAAUGUUAUAAACGGUAUAAAUAUGACAAUAUACGAAGGAGAGAUAACUGCUAUUUUAGGGCACAAUGGUGCUGGCAAAACAACAUUAUUUAAUAUACUAACGGGACUUACUGAACCAACAUCUGGCACAAUAAAAGUAUUUGGCUAUGAUGUUAGAAAUUCAUCAGAUGUGAUUAAAAUAAGAAGAAUGAUUGGGGUUUGCCCUCAAUAUGAUAUAUUGUUUGAACGACUUACUCCUAGAGAACAUCUAAAAUUCUUCGCUACUCUUAGAGGACUAACUUCAGAAAAAAUUGAUGAUGAAGUUCAAAAAAUGCUUUUAGAACUUUAUUUAACUGAUAAAGCAGAUAAUAUAGCAAAAACUUUAAGUGGAGGACAGAAACGAAAGUUAUCGGUUGGUAUCGCAGUAAUUGGAAAUCCAAAGAUCAUAAUACUCGAUGAACCUACCGCAGGUGUUGAUCCACCAGCAAGAAGACAUUUAUGGUCACUUCUUCAAAAAAGAAAAAAAGGAAAGGUGAUACUAUUAACAACUCAUUUUAUGGAUGAAGCUGACAUCUUAGCUAAUCGUAUAGCUGUAAUAUCAAAAGGAUGUGUAAGAUGUUGUGGUUCUUCUAUAUUCCUUAAAAAUAAAUUUGGUAUUGGAUAUCAUUUAACAUUAAUUCUAAAUAACAAUGCAAAAGAAAAUUCGAUAAUAAAAAUGAUUAAAGAACACGUACCAAAUGCAGAACGAGCAAGACGCCAUGGAUACGAGUUAUCUUUUGUACUACCAUAUGACAGUGUGAGUAAAUUCCCGCUCUUGUUUAGACAAAUUGAAACAGAAAUUAGAUCUACAACUAACGACUUGGGUAUUGAAAACUAUGGUGUAUCAAUGACUACAUUAGAAGAAGUAUUUUUGUAUCUUGAACAAGGCCAACAUGACAAUGCUGGAAAAUUAGCAAUUGAAUUAUUAAAAGGACAAUCGGUGACAAAUUUUAAUAGGGGAUCAAUUGAUACAAUACAUAAUGUUACUGUGAGAUCAAGCAUUAUAUAUGAUCCAACUAAUUGGAGUACAAUUAUUGCCCUGCUAAAAAUGCGAACCAAACGAGUAUUACGAGAUGUUCAUAAGCUUUAUGUUAUGAUAUUAUUACCUGUCGUAUUCUUAGCUACUGGAAUUAUCUUAAACAAAUUAAGUCAUGAAAUUCAACCAAUACGAAAUAUUACUUUAAAUAAUAAUGUAUAUAAAGAAGACAGUCGACUAGUUGUAACUUCUGAAGAAUUUUCAAAUUAUUCAACACUGGAUUCAGAUUUUUACACUGGCACGUUUUCCGGAUUAUUAGAUUUGCCUUCCCACCUAGGAGCUUUGCGAGAACGGCACUCAUAUAAUACAACUUAUUCAUCAAUAUUAGCACUUACAGUUUAUUAUAAUGACUCAUUUAUACAUUCGUUGCCGAUAAUAUUGAAUUCUAUCACUAGCACCUUACUUGGAGAUCAAAUUGAUAUUAAAACAGAACCGUUUAAAAUGGAAUACAAGCAAAAUGAGUACAGUUUUAGUCGUUGUUCAUCUGCAUUUUUCUUAGGAAUAGUAUUUGUUUUAGUUCCUGUGAGUUUAUCUGCUGAUCUAGUCUAUGAUAGAGAGAUUAAAGCCAAAAACCAGCUUCGUAUCAACGGUGUAACUUUUAUGCAAUAUUUCAGUUCUUAUUUUAUUCUUUUAAUUUCAAUGUUACUUAGCAUAUUCUGUAUACUUAUAAUUCUUAUAGCUUUAUUCCAUGUUGAAGGUUUAGAUUCUCCUUUUGCAAUAACAACCAUGGUAAUAUUACUUACAGCAUAUUGUCCUGCGGCAAUAUUAUCUACUGCGUGUGUAUCAUAUUUUUUUGAAAAAACUGAUUCAGUACAGUCUAUACUACCAAAUGUGACCUCACUAAUUGGUGGUGUACCAUUUAUAAUAGUAGCUUCACUAGAUAUGCUGGGUAUACUUAGUGAUUUAGGAUUUGCACUUCAUGUUCUAUUUUCUUCCACUAAUUUCGUCUAUGUGCCUUUCGCCAUAAUUUACUUCAUAAAUAGUGUAUAUCGGGAAAACGAUGAUCAUGUUCCUUUUAUAAAAUAUGUUAAUAAAGAAAUAGUUGCAAUUUUAAUGGGUUGCAUAGGCCAAAUUCCAGCAUUAUGGGUUAUUUUAAAGAUAUUAGAUUCUAAAUCAAAAAAUAAAAAAACUUCAACAAUUACUAUUGAUACUCAAGAUGAGGGUGACGAUGAUGUAAAAACUGAACGGAUCAAAGUAAAUAAUAUUAUCAACGAUCAAGUGGAUUGGCCAGUAAUUGUUGUUCAGAAUUUAAAAAAAGAGUUCUCAACCCAAAAUUUGAACUCAAAUAUAAAUUGUCUAAUAAAAAAAAAAUGUACGAAUACAAAUAAUGAGAGAAAACUUGCAAUUCGAAAUCUAUCAUUAGCUGUAAAUUCAGGAGAAGUUCUUGGAUUGUUAGGUCAUAAUGGUGCUGGAAAAACAACAACUAUGCGCAUUAUCACCAUGGAAGAAAAAGAGUCAUCAGGAAAAAUAUUUAUUAAAGGACAUGAUAUUCAAGAAUCUGUAGAUAUUGCAUAUAGAAUGAUUGGAUAUUGCCCUCAACAUGAUGCUUUAUGGAGUUCAUUAACAAUCAGAGAACACUUGCAUGUUUAUGGUGCUAUUCGAGGAAUCUCAAAAGAUCAAAUUAAAAAUAUUGUCGAAAAAUAUAUUGAAGGCCUUCAAAUAACUGAACAUGCAGAUAAACAGGUUAGUUGUUGUUCAGGUGGAACAAAACGAAAAUUAAGUUUUGCUUUAGCAAUGAUUGGAAAUCCAAAGUUGGUAUUGCUGGAUGAGCCUAGUACCGGCAUGGAUCCAAGGUCAAAAAGAUAUUUAUGGGACGCUAUAAUUAGCAGUUUCCAAGGAUCUAAAGGUGCAAUUUUAACCACACAUUCUAUGGAAGAGGCAGACGCGUUAUGUUCUAGAGUUGGAAUAAUGGUUAAAGGCCAACUCAGAUGUUUGGGUUCCACUCAAUAUCUAAAAAACCUUUACGGCGCUGGAUAUACAUUGGAAAUAAAAUUAAAGCCUCGCGGAGACAUGGAUGAUGUUAAAAAUUUUGUAAUAACAUCAUUUCCAAAUGCAAUUCCAGAAGAAGAAUUUGCUGAUCGAUUAGUAUUUGGAGUUCCUCAAUCUACAGUUGAAUCAUUAGCCGAUUGUUUUUUGAAUCUUGAAAAUGCUAAAAAUAUGUACGACAUUCAAGAGUAUAGCUUUAGCCAAACAACUUUAGAACAAGUAUAUUUGAAAUUCGCACAUUAUGAAGAUAGAGAAGUAAUUGAAAACAUUACAAUGUAAAUUAAAUCAUUUAAUUAGGUAAUUUUUAUCAAACCAU